AAAUUAAACCAAAUUUUUUCCAAGUGUAUAAAGUGAAGUGUUACACCAACAACAACAACAACAACAAGCUACACCAUACCAAGGAUUACCAUUCGGAUAAAAACAACAUAAAAACACUGAAAAAAACUAUAUAUAUCUAGAAUAUAUAGAAAAUGCAUCUGCCAGCGGGUCCCACCAUGGUGGCCAAUACCACCACUACCACCUCAUCGCACACACAGGUCCUGCAGGCUGCUGCCGCAGCGGCAGCAGCAGCGGCGGCCAUUUCCGUUUCCGGCUCAUCCUCGGCAGGAUCCUCGGCCAAUAACCAGGCCAAUACCAGCACACACUCGGCCAGCAGUACGGGCAGUUCGACCCCGGAUCUCAAUACCGCCAAUAUCAGUACCAGCACCACAUCCUCCUCCUCAUCAUCUGCCAACAACAACAACAACAACAGCAGUAGCACAAAUUCGGCCAAGAUGCCAUCCUCGAUGACGGACAUGUUCGCCAGCUUGCAUGAAAUGCUGCAGGAAUACCAUGGAGAAUUGGCCCAAACCGGCUCACCAUCGAUCCUGUGCAGCGCCCUGCCCAACCAUUGGCGCUCCAACAAGUCGCUGCCGGGUGCCUUCAAGGUGAUCGCCCUGGAUGAUGUCCCGGAUGGUACACUGGUGUCCAUUAAAUGCGGCAACGAUGAGAACUACUGCGGCGAGUUGAGGAACUGCACCACCACCAUGAAGAACCAGGUGGCCAAAUUCAAUGAUCUCCGAUUUGUGGGACGAUCGGGACGCGGCAAGUCCUUCACGCUGACCAUCACGAUCGCCACGUAUCCUGUCCAAAUAGCCAGCUACAGUAAAGCCAUCAAGGUGACGGUCGACGGGCCGCGGGAGCCAAGAAGUAAGCAAAGCUAUGGCUAUCCCCAUCCCGGCGCUUUCAAUCCCUUCAUGCUGAACCCCGCCUGGCUGGACGCCGCCUACAUGACCUACGGAUAUGCGGACUACUUCCGCCACCAGGCAGCGGCCCAGGUCCAUCAUCCCGCUCUCGCCAAGGCGGCUGCCGCCCAGGUCUCUCCCGUCUCUGCCGGCUCCAACAGCGUGCCAACUGCCGCUUCGGUCGGCGGUGGAGCUCCGGGUGCUAAUGGCGGUGUGGCACCACCACCUACCGGCGAUUACCAUCCCGGUGGUGCUCCCGGACAGCCGGCGGCCAUGAUGCCCUCGCCACCCGGUGCCGCCCCAGCGGCCGCCUAUGCCAUGCCCCAGUUCCCGUUCAAUCAUGUGGCUGCCGCCGCCGCUGCUGCCGCCCACCAGCAUCCCAAGGCUACGCCCCACGCCUUCCAUCCGUACAACUUUGCCACCGCCGCUGCCGUCGGCCUGCGGGCCCGCAACGCCGCCCUCCACCACCAGUCAGAGUCCGGCGGUGUGGCGCCGCUGAAUCACGUCAGUCCCGCCUCCUCCCGCCCCUCGAGCUCGUCGCCCACCCAGCAGCAUGUCCUCCUCAAGCUGAACACUUCCAUCGAAACGAGCUCGAUCCACGAGCAGUCCGCCUCGGAUGCCGAUUCCGAUGACGAGCAGAUCGAUGUGGUCAAGUCGGAAUACGAUCUGGACAAGAGCAUCGAUUCCACGCGCAGUUCCCCGCCGGUGGCCCACCACCUGGGACCGUUGAGGAUGCGCUGCGACCUGAAGGCACCAUCGGCCAUGAAGCCCCUGUACCACGAACCAUCAGUGGUGGCCGUGAAUCCGCGUCAGGCCUCACCGGAGACCACCAUCCCAGCAGCCACCAAGCUCAAGUCGGCGGCCGUGCAACAGAAAACGGUAUGGAGGCCCUACUAAAAAGGGGUUAUACCAGGAAAACCCCAAACCCCAAAAGUGAUAUGACGGGCGGCGCAGAGCGGCAAGGGAUAUGAAGGAAAAUAUGGAUUGAAAAAGAUAUUGUGAUAUAGUGUUUUAAGAAACAAACAACGCCUCCGGCCGGCAAACGGAGUAGCAGGAAAAAAAUCAUCCCAAGAAAAAGUUCACCAACAAAAUACAAAAAAAGGAAAAAAAAACUAAGAACUAGAGUAACCAAAAAUAUUAGACGAAGCUGUGGACUUCGAAUUCUGGCGAAGUUUUAUGCUCGAUUCAUAAAAUCGUGCAAUGAGUUCGUUGGCCAUCAAAAAUUUCAAAAAGAUUUUCGACAAAAAAUACUCAAAAAUCUUCAAGAAAAACUUAAACGCAAAAAACUUAAAAAAAAAAAACAAUGAUUAGUUCAAUACCGACACACACCUACACUCUUGUACAGUUAGUCAUAUAUAACACUUUCCAAUUUUUUUUUUUCAAACUAUAUAUAUAGAUAUAUAUUUUUUUUUGGUAUUGAUAAUAUGCGAAUUUAGAUAUUGGUAAUUUUUAAGUUUAACUAGUCGUCUAAGCGAAAGGAAAUCAAUUUUUUUGUCUAGCCUGUAAGUUUUAGCGCGAAAACAACAAAAAACCAACAAUUUAACACAAAAAACGAAUUUGACCCAAAACCAAAUAAAAAACAAA